AUGGCGAACCAGGCAGGAGGGGCCAACGAGCUGCUAUCCGCCCAGAAGUCAUCAGACUCCGGUCUCCAAAUCAUUCUUCACCCACUCCCGAUCCUUGAGAUUUCCGACUUUAUUACCAGAGGUUACCAAAGGAACUACAAGGGCGCCGUUGUUGGUGGACUUCUUGGUCAGCAAAAUGGCCGCGAGAUCACUAUUGAGCACAGCUUCAGCAUCAAGUCGGUGAAGAAGGAGGAGGAUGGUGGUGUCUACGAGCUCGAUGAAGAAUGGUUCAGGCAAAGGUUGGAUCAAAUGAAACUUGUCCACAAAUCACCACAGCUCGACCUGGUAGGCUGGUAUGCUCUCGUGCCCAAGUCGGGCCCAACAGUCCUCCACCUGCCAAUCCACCGCCAAAUCAGCACUGUCAACGAGUCCGCCGUAUUGUUAGGAUUCCAUCUGGAGGACAUGCUUUCUCCCGCGGCUGGGGACCCGCUUCCAAUCACGAUAUAUGAGUCGAACAUGGAGGCCGAAGGUGAAGAUAAGGAGAUGAAGGAUUCUGAAAACCCAACCAACAUGGUUCUCCGCUUCCGCAAACUUCCCUACGCAACUGAGACUGGAGAGGCCGAGAUGAUAGGCAUGCAGUUCAUUCGUGAGGGUGGCGCCAACGCUUCGGCAGAUGAUGCCCCAGUCGAAACGAAAAACAUCGCUGAGCAAUUUGAGCAAAAGAUCGCCGUGACGGAUGGCAAGGGCAAGCGUAGGGCCGUUAUGACCUCUGGGUCCGUUUCGAAGAACCCAGUCAGUCCGAGUAAAGGCAAGGGGAAACAAAAGGACGAGCCCUCCUCUUCCCCACCGCAGGCCGAGCCACCCAAUCCCGACAUCAACCUCACCAGGUCAGAGUCAGAGUACAUGGCUGCGCUCCAAGCAAAGUUCAAUGCUAUCAAGAUGCUCAAAUCACGUAUCGCUUUGAUCAUCACCUAUCUGCAACGCCUCCCUCCCACUUUCACGGAAGGAAAGCAAACCACACAGGAAGCUUCUGAUGCUGCUCGUGCCUCUGGCGGCCAAUACACGAUUCCCUCGAAUAACAUACUCCGGCACAUUCAGUCGCUGGUCACCAACAUCGACCUUGUCACCCCUGCUGAACAGGCCGCUUUGCGAAAGGAAAUGCUGCAGGAGACCAACGAUGUAAAACUCAUCUCUUUGAUCUCUGACUUGUUGACCAGCGUCGCUGAGGUCAAGGAGGCAGGUAAAAAGUUCAGCAUCCUGGAGUCAUCAAAACAAACACGUGGACCGAGAGGUGGUGUUGGGUAUGGCGGGCCAGUGGGAGACAAGAGCAAUGACUAUGAAUUAACCGGUUCCUAUAGCCCUAUUCAUUCGAGGGGACAUGCUGAGUUUGGCACGACAGGGUCUGUUUCACAAGAAUUUGGUGGUGCCUCCGAUAUGCUUCACAACCUCUCUGAUUAA